CCCCGAACUAUGACGUCAUGAACAUGCGCCGCGCAGCUGAGUAUCAACAGUAGCAGCAUUUGAAGCUAGCGGAGAGCUUGUUUGAGAAGUUGGAAUAGAAAGGCUUUCGGUUCGUCAAAAGUGGAUGAGGAGCUGGUUUUUGCUGCUUUCUAAGCGCUGCUGCUGCCACCAGGAUGGGCCAGCAGAUCUCAGGUCAGGCGGUGAUGAGCCAUCUGCCUGAGAGGCUGGUGAAACAUGCUGGACUGGUCCGGGACAGUGGCUACGUAACCUACGAGGAGUUUCUGGCCAGAGUGGCUGAGCUUAAUGAAGUAACAGCCAAGCUAGCAGCUGGACAGCAGAAGCACCUGCUGUUUGAAGUGCAGCCAGGAUCUGACGCCUCGGCUCUGUGGAAGGUGGCUGUCAGGAUCGUCUGCACCAAGAUCAACAAGGAUGACGGUGUGGUGGAAGCCUCUCGGAUCAUGAACCUGUACCAGUUCACGCAGCUGUACCGUGACAUCACCAACCAGGCCGCCGAGGUGCUUUCUGCAGAAGGAGCCACAUCAGCCCAGCUGCCCUCCACAGACUCCUGCCAGGCCAGCAUGUGGAUGGGGAGAGUGAAGGAGCUGACAGACCAGGAGGAGUGCUGCAUCUGCAUGGACGGCAAAGCCGACCUCAUCCUGCCCUGCGCACACAGCUUUUGUCAGAAAUGCAUCGACAAAUGGAGUGGGCGGAGCCAAAACUGCCCAAUAUGCCGUCUGCAAGUGACCGCUGCCAACGACUCGUGGGUGAUGUCCGAUUUCCCCACGGAGCAGGACGUGGCCCGAUACAUCCUCAACCUGGCUGACGAGGCAGGUCACCCGCACAGACCUUAAAGCACUCAUCUCUGACGCUCUUAUGGUUCUGAGGGAAAUCUCACAUGCUGAAACGCAGAAAGUCACACUGUCACUGUGAGAACAAGCUCAUCAUGAGAAACAUCACCCGCUCUUCUCACAGGCUCUCACUAACCGCACCCAGAGGUUUAAACUCCCAGAAUGCUUUGUGUAAUCCAAGUACUGUUGAUGCUUUGUUUGCUUUUGGGCGUCUGAGUAAUUUUUUAUCUGUAAAAAUAUACUUUCAUUGAUUCUAAAUAUUUAUAUAUAAGUAUAGAAAUGGAAAUCAUUUAUUUCACAUAAAGACCAAAAUAAUAUUUCCUUUAGUACUGUGAUAUUUUACGGACAAAAAAAAUCCAUGUUUGGAGUUUUGUUUUGUCUUUAGCACUUCAAGGACGUCGUCUUUGUGGGAGUUUUGUUUUGUCUUUAGCACUUCAAGGACGUCGUCUUUGUGGAAAUGCAUGUUGCCUUUCAUGAAUGUGAAGAGGGAAAAGCAGGAGGUCAGUAUUUUGUAUUCAGAGAUUUCUUCACAAUGACUCAUAUUCCAAAAUGUAAUUGUAAAGGUUGACAUUUUGAAAAUAAGCCAAUUAACAUUUAAGUUUAGCCGUUUUAUAAAAAGAGGUGGGAAUGUCCAGCCUUUCCACACACAUACCAGAGACACCCCCCCCCCCCCCCUCCAACACUUUUUGGCUUUUUGUCAAAUCUGAUUGAAAGUUCAGGACUACAUUGAUGCUCUUGCAUUCACUGCAGCGGCUAAACAGCAAAAAGAAAGUCAUCCUGGUUCACAUUUCUGAAGGAUAGCGUAACUUUGGUUCUGUCUCGUAGCAGUUCUGGUCUGUUUUUGCAAUUCUUCUAAAAACGUCGCCCCCGCCACCAUACUCAAAAACGCUGAAAAUUGCACUCAGCUUGUACCUGGUGGAGAUGAAUUUUGGCCACAGUAAAUGACACACAAAAUAAUAAAAUAAAUAAAAGAUGACAUGACAGCGAGAGGAACCAGCAAAACAAUAAAUGGGGCCAAAAUCUGUUAUGGGGCUCAAAAUAAAAUAUUUUAAAAUGGUAAAUAGCGUAUACUUAGAUAGCGCUUUUCUACCUACAAGACACAAAGCGCUUUUACGGUCACAGACGCAUUCACCCAGUCACACACACAUUCACACACUGGUGGCAGCUCCGCUGCUGAACACAGGCGCCUGCCUACAACCAGAGGCAAGGUGGGGUUCAGUGUCUUGCCCAAGGACACAUCGACUCAUGGGCGUGAAGGUGGGAAUCGAACCUGCAUGUCUUAUGAUCAUGGGUCGACCGCCCUACCGCUGCACCACGGCCAAGUAAAGUAGACAAAACAUAUCCAAAGGAAGUUUUAGAAUGAUUGUGGGAUGGCGGAAGGACCUACACCUUGGUGGCAAAGUGUGAAAGUUUUCACAUUGUCCCACCAUGUAGGGUGUAGCAGCCGCUCUGCCAGUGAGGGCAAAUAAAAAGAGUGUAAUGGUGGGGGUGGGGGGCGGCGCUUGUGGCUUUAAUUUAAUCUUAUGAUUCCCAGAAAGCAAACAAGCGUCUUUUCAAAGCAGAACCUCUAAACUGAUGUUCUCAUCCACGGCGCCAUAUUUGUUCCUACUUUCAUCCAGGAUCUAUAGAUAAGCUAUGAACGAGUUUCUUUGCUGAUUAGAAAUAGGAUUAUACUAUAUAACUGCAUUCAUACAUCUGUGGGUUUGAUGACCGGGGUGUUGUAAUGUCAAAAAGCCUGUUUUAUUAUUUGUCGUUGCUGUUUUUAAGUCUCAAUAAUCAAUAUAGUUUGUUCAACUGCUGUAAAAAAAUAACGAUAGUUUGCACUUCUAAAAAUCAUUUUCUAUUGUGCCUCUGUCUACGAUGAGCUAGUUUAUUCCCUCACACAUGUAGAGAAAUAAGGAAGUUAAUUUCAUUGGAUUCACUGAGGAGUUGAUAUAAGUAAUUUGGUUGAAACUUUAUUUUAAUCUUUUGUUUCUGUUUAUCUUUAUAAAUUUCUGGUUUUUGCCGUCAAUUUAUAUUCUAAUUUCUUUCGUGAAAAGAGCUGCAUAUGUAACGAGAUGUAUAGAAAUAUAUUUUAACGUUGAUGUUCUUUUGACAGGAAGCUGUAAUGCAGUAAUAAUAUAUUGAGAGUUUAGAUAACAUAUAUUCUGUCAAAAAAUGGUUUAUUUAUCCCAGCAGAUUAUUUAAAAAGAACCCAAAUGUUUUUCAUUUUUAAUUGAAAGUGCUCGAGUAUUCCAUUGUUUAGUUUGUUUUGAAUGGGGAUUGGGGGUGAGCAGCAUUUCUAAUAGAGAAGUGACUGUGGUUCGGUUUUAGAACUGCACAGUCCGUUUGCAAAGCGUUUAGGGUGAAGCUCAAAGCAGAAACCUUCCCAAGAAUGUGAUCCGACCUUCACCCGCUGAAUGAUAUGCAAUGUGAUGCUGCAGCCUCAAGGUGGCAGCAUAACCAACUGAUUCUUCCUCCAUGGGCUUAGGAUUUACUUUAAUGCUGGAAACGAUAAACUGUAAUGAAUUUGAAGCUUUUCUCAGUUGAAUUUGCUAAAAAGUUCUGUAUUUUUGCACUUUAUAAAUUUUGGGGUCUGAUGAACGGAGAAGUUUACACAACUCUGCUUCCUUUCUUUGCAUUAUUCUAAUUUUUAACGUUUUGGCCUGUUUCUGUGGUGCACCACAUUCAGGCUGUGUGUCAGCAGGAGAUCUUAUGCAAUAAAAUAAAAUAACCUGGG